AGGCGGGGCGCUUUACACGGAAGCCUGCGGCGUCAGGUCUCAUCCUUCUCUGAUUUCCGGCAUUAGGCGACACUGGGAGGACCUGCGCCCUUUGGCCAAGACCCUGAGUGCCCACUAGAGGGUACCGGGACAGAUUGAAGUCAUGGCCAUUCUUUUUGCUGUUGUUGCCAGGGGAACUACUAUCCUUGCCAAACAUGCUUGGUGUGGAGGAAACUUCCUGGAGGUGACAGAGCAGAUUCUGGCUAAGAUACCCUCUGAAAAUAAUAAACUAACGUACUCACAUGGCAAUUAUUUGUUUCAUUACAUCUGCCAAGACAGGAUUGUGUAUCUUUGUAUCACUGAUGAUGAUUUUGAGCGUUCUCGAGCCUUCAGUUUUCUGAAUGAAGUAAAGAAGAGGUUCCAGACUACUUAUGGUUCAAGAGCACAGACUGCUCUUCCAUAUGCCAUGAAUAGCGAGUUCUCAAGUGUUUUGGCUGCACAACUGAAGCAUCACUCUGAAAAUAAAGGGCAAGACAGAGUGAUGGAGACUCAAGCACAAGUGGAUGAACUGAAAGGAAUCAUGGUCAGAAACAUAGAUUUGGUUGCUCAACGUGGAGAAAGAUUGGAAUUACUGAUAGAUAAAACAGAAAACCUUGUGGAUUCAUCUGUAACUUUCAAAACUACCAGCAGAAAUCUUGCUCGAGCCAUGUGUAUGAAGAAUAUCAAGCUUACUAUCAUCAUCAUCAUAGUAUCAAUUGUGUUCAUCUAUAUCAUUGUGUCACCUCUCUGUGGUGGGUUUACAUGGCCAAGCUGUGUGAAGAAAUAAGAAAGUUACCAUUAACCAAGGAUACAAGUGUAAAUGGAGAUAAAGGCAAUCCAUGUGACUCAGGCUUUUCACUAUUCUCAGAAAGUAUCUGCCAGUUUCUUUAAUCUUCUUUUCACUUUUUCUUGUUUUAAUAGAAUGAUAUGCCUCUAGAUUUAUUUUUGUCCUACCAUAUAGUUUAUUUUAAUGAACUUCAUAUUGAACCAUUAUUUACAGAAGCAUCUUUGAAAUAGCAUUUGUUUCUUUGGUCUGUUAAGUAAAACCUUCUACUUAGACAUUUUUGUUUUUAACACACAAAGCAUUUGCCAAGGUAGAAACCACCAAUCUUACAACCUAUCUGCUAAAACUGUCUAGGAAUUUUGUAUGUUCACACAAAAUUAUUGGGAGACAGAUUGUAUUGCUGACAUCUCAUCUUAGUCUCUUUUGUUAUGGGAGAGUUUUAGGUGCUUCAAAAUAAUAUAGAUAAUUUUGGGAAUUGUAAUAAAUUGUUGGUGCUGCUUAUAUCCAGCAACAUAUAAAUAUAUGUAUUUAGCUUUUUUUUUCCAGUAAGAUGGGAAACAUUUUCCUGGCCCAUUUGAAGCACAAUAAUUAUCCUUGUCCUCCCAGCAUUUACUUUCUUAAAUGAAGUUCAGUGCACUAUUUAAUCAUAUUGCAGAUAGUUUAAUACCUUCUGUUUCUCCAUUACAAAGUUGACUUGAGAAGAUGAAUUAAGUAAGUUGAAGAUUAUGGGUUUUACAUAUUAUUUUUUUAUUCUUUGCAUAAUUGGAACAAACAUGUUAAUAAAAUUCAUAACAGAGGAAAGGGGAGGCAAAUAUCACUGACUCAUCAAAGAGAAAGAAGAGAGCCACAGUAAAAGUACAAGCAUUUUAGCAUCACAGAAUGUGGUCAUGUGAGAAGUUGGGGGGUUUUUUUUGUUUGUUUGUUUUUUUGUUUUGUUUUGGUUUUGCUUUUUGGUUUUUUCCAUUCUGGGAAAAGCCCAAACCGAAUACAGCCAGAAGUCAACUCCAGGAUUUGGAUUUAACUUCUGUUGAAUAAUAGUUGGAACUUUCUUUAUGGUUUAACAAAAUCUUUAAUCUACCAAAUUUUGAAUAAUUGUAAAAUGUGAAAGAGAAUAGACAGUGUAAUGAUAUAGAAAUAAUAUAAAAUAUCUUAACAUACAUUUAUUGUAGAGUAAGAAAAUCUGAAUGUAAUGCUGCUUUAUCUACUCUGGCAUUGGUCAUUUAGUAGUUGGUGUCUAUCUGAAAUCAAGACAUUUUUGCCCUAGAUAUAAUCGCAUUUAUUUAUCCAUAGGUGAAAUUAAAUAGAAGUGGUAUCAUAUUUUACUCUUUUCUCAGUGAAACAGAAGAUUAGUGUUUUGAACUCAGCCAACUGUUUAGCCUAGUCAUGUGCCUUGAAUAUGUAUGUAUGUGUCCUAUAAUCAGAUUCUUGGUACCUCAUCUUCAACAUUCAUGCUGUUUAUUUGAUAUGCCUAAUGCACAUAGUAAAUCUUUUGUUAAUCAACAGUUCAUCAAGCAUAAAACAGUGUUCUUUCCAGACAUUUUAUGACCACUAAUUCAUUGUAAUUAUAUAAUUAUUUCCUAUUAGGAAAUACAUUCAUUCUCAAAAAAAAAAAUGGUAUUUCCAAGUAAUAAAAACUUCAAAAUUAUUUCCUUUUCUUAUACACACCUAAAUAAAGUUUAUGUGCAUGUUGUAGGGAUUAAGUGUUCAAUGCUCUAUUUAUGUAUAAGAAUGCUUUUUACAGCAUAUGUUUCAUUGUAAAUGAUGCACACAUUGAAGACAUUAAUAAAAGUUAAGAUUAAUACCUUGA